UACAGAUGCAGUUUUUCUUGAACAGCCGCACAAAUGGAUGGAACCGAAGCGAACCGGAGAAACUGCGCGAAAACGGAGCAACAGAAGAUGUUAGACUCCGGAGGAAACCAAAGUGGAUCUAAGGACAGAGUGACUCUCAAAAAAGAAAUUGGUCUUUUGAGCGCGUGCGCCAUAAUUAUAGGCAACAUCAUUGGCUCGGGGAUCUUCAUCUCUCCAAAGGGGGUUCUAGAUCAUGCAGGCAGUGUGGGGUUCUCACUCAUCGUGUGGGUUCUAGGAGGAGGGAUCUGUGCCUUGGGAUCUCUUUGCUAUGCCGAGUUGGGUGUCACCAUCCCCAAAUCAGGUGGAGACUACUCAUACGUCACUGAGAUCUUCGGGGGACUGGUGGGGUUCUUGUUGCUGUGGAGUGCUGUGUUGAUCAUGUACCCAACAACUCUGGCUGUGAUUGCGCUCACCUUCUCCAACUAUGUGCUGCAGCCUGCCUUCCCUGACUGUCUGCCUCCAUACAUCGCCACCCGGCUCCUCUCAACCACCUGUGUCUUGUUCCUGACUUGGGUGAACUGCUCCAGUGUGCGCUGGGGGACACGGAUCCAGGAUAUUUUCACUGUGGGGAAACUGCUAGCACUUGUCCUCAUCAUUAUAGUGGGAAUGAUCCAGAUUGCCAAAGGACACUAUGAUGCAUUGGAUCCCCAGACAGCGUUUGAGUUCAUAAAGGAUCCAUCAGUGGGGCAGAUUGCUCUGGCCUUCCUGCAGGCCUCAUUUGCCUACAGUGGAUGGAACUUCCUGAACUACGUCACUGAAGAGGUGGUUGAGCCUCGCAAGAACCUUCCACGUGCAAUCUACAUCUCCAUCCCCCUUGUGACGCUCGUCUAUACUCUCACCAACAUUGCGUACUUCUCCUCCAUGUCCCCUCAAGAGCUGCUGGAGUCGAACGCUGUCGCUGUGACAUUUGGAGAGAAGCUGCUAGGAGUGUUCUCCUGGGUGAUGCCCAUCUCUGUGGCUCUUUCCACCUUUGGAGGGAUCAACGGAUACUUGUUUACAUCUUCUAGGUUGUGUUUCUCAGGCGCCAGAGAGGGUCACCUGCCCUACCUGCUGGCUAUGAUCCACCUUAAGAGCUGCACACCAAUCCCUGCCCUACUCGUUUGUUGUACAGCGACCAUAUUGAUCCUGUGCAUCGGGGACACACAUAACCUGAUAAACUAUGUGUCAUUUAUAAACUACCUCUCAUAUGGAGUCACUAUAGCUGGGCUGCUGUACUACAGAUGGAAGAAACCCAAACUGGUCCGACCCAUCAAGGUAAACUUGUUGGUCCCUUGCAGCUAUCUAGUGUUCUGGGCAGUGUUACUGGGCUUCAGUCUGUACUCAGAGCCAGUGGUGUGUGGUAUGGGGCUGGUGAUCAUGCUCACUGGAGUCCCCAUCUACUUCAUUGGAGUGCAGUGGAAGAACAAACCACACUGUAUUUCCAGUGCUGUGGAGAGAGUCACCUAUCUGGGGCAGAAGUUGUGUUAUGUGGUCUUCCCUCAGGAUGAUCCCUCUGAAAUACAGCCUCUUACAGAGAAAUCAGAGCUGUGAGCAGCAGAGGACUCCUCG